AUGGGAAGAAUACUGCAAAUUGAGGAUUUGAAAAGCAUUGAUGGUGGUUCUUCUGAGAAGAGGCAAGAAGAGGCAAGAGAAGGUGAUAGAGAAGUUGAAAAGGCUGCAAAGAUUUUGACAGAGAUGGCAUACCACAGCUUUCCCCGAAGCACAAGGAAUACAAAAACAGAGACUGUUGGGUUACAGAGUAGGAAGCCAAAUAUUGAAAACAUUAUUUGGAAAAAGCAAGUCACAGAAACAGACUUGAAUCCACAUCAUAGGCGUUUUGCAAUGCCAAGUGGAGAGCUCAAGACUAGAGAAUUUCUCAAAAGAAAAGAGCAUACGAUUGUAGAUAGAAAACCAGUCGGGGGCUCAAUUGAAGUAACACUGCUGGUGCUGGACCCUGUUCUUGAAGAAUUCAAAGUUAAUUUCAAGAGAUGGAAGAUGCGUAAUUCUUUCACAUACAACUUGACCUCUGGUUGGUUAAAGGUUCUGGAUAAAGCUCUGUUGAAUGUAGAUGAUUGGGUUCAGAUUUGGUGUUUCCAGAGGGACUCCAAAACCUGUCUGGCUCUCGUUAAAAUUUGA